AUGGCCUUACCACUUUUCCUGAUGUUUUCUUUGGCUUUCUCUUCAUUUUGUCAUGGUUUAAAAGAGGGUUCAUCAAUCUCAGUGGAGAAAGCUAAUGAUGUUUUGAUCUCAGCUGAUGGUACUUUCAGUGCCGGAUUUCACCCUGUUGGCAAUAAUGCUUAUUGCUUUGCAAUAUGGUUCAACAAACCAUCCUGCGAAACUAAUGACUGCACUGUAGUCUGGAUGGCAAACCAUGACCUUCCUGUCAAUGGUAAAUACUCAAAGUUCUCCCUGCUGAAAUCUGGUAAUCUUGUUUUAACUGAUGCUGGACAUGUAAUUGUAUGGAUGAGUAACACUGUCUCAAAUUCAAAGUCAUCUUCAUAUUUAGAACUAUAUGAUACUGGAAAUCUUGUGUUACAUAAUUCAGAUGGGAGUAGACUUUGGCAAAGCUUCGAUUCAUCUACUGAUACCCUUCUUCCUCUUCAACCUCUCAACAAAAACACAAAGCUCGUUUCAUCUAGAAGCAAAAGCAACUACUCUUCAGGUUUGUUUACGCUUUAUUUUGAUCCUAAUAAUGUCCUCAGCCUUGUAUAUGAAAGUCCCGAGGUUUCUAGUGUUUAUUGGCCGGAUCCCUGGCUUUUGAGUUGGGAAGCUGGAAGGUCCACAUACAAUAGUAGUAGAAUUGCGGUACUAGAUUCGUUGGGCAAUUUUACUUCAACUGAUAGUGUUAAUUUCAUGUCUACCGAUUACGGCUCAAAGAUUCAAAGAAUGUUGAAGAUAGAUUCUGAUGGAAAUGUUAGAUUGUACAGUCUAAAAGAAGGGGAACAAACAUGGGUUGUAUCAUGGCAAGCAUUCUCUCAACCUUGUAGAAUUCAUGGAAUUUGUGGGCCAAACAGUGUGUGCAGCUGUAGUCCUAACCUUGGUAGAAAAUAUUCUUGCAUUCCAGGAUAUAAGAUGAAGAAUACUACUGACUGGUCCUUCGGUUGUGUACCAGAAUUUGAUCUUCCAUGCAAUCAAGCUGAUGAAUCUGGUUUCCUAAAACUCCGUCAUGUGGAAUUCUAUGGCUAUGAUUAUGACUUGUAUCCAAAUUACACCAUAAAUAUGUGCGAGGACUUGUGCUUGAGCAUGUGUGGUUGCAAAGGGUUUCAAUUCAAAUACUUUAAAGUACACCGUUCGGAUGGUAUAUAUUGUUAUUCUAAACAGUUGCUGAAUGGACAUCGUUCGCAAAAUUUUGAAGGAGAUCUCUACUUGAAAUUGCCUAAGGCAAGCCUCUCCGCCUUCAACGAGACUAAUCAAGAGAACAAGCUAGACUGUUCAAUUAAAUUUGAGGAACUGGGCAGAAAAUAUCCAACAAGCAAUCAAAGUGAUUCACUGAAGCUUGCCCUUUGGUCUGCUGGAGCUAUUGGAGUCAUCGAGGUUUUUAGCAUUUUCUUUGUGCUCUGGCUCUUGAUAAGAACCCGUGGCAAUUCUAGGUCAUUGCGAGGCUACUCUCUCACAACAGCAAGGGUCAGAGAGUUCACCUAUGUUGACCUGAAAAAGGCUACCAAUGAUUUCAAAGAAGAGAUUGGUAGAGGUGGUGGAGGAAUUGUAUACGAAGGCAAACUGUCUGAUGGUCGAAUUGCAGCAAUCAAGCGACUGAUUGAUUCUGAUCACCAAGGGGAAGCUGAAUUUUUAGCUGAAGUAAACACCAUAGGAAGGCUUCAUCACAUGAAUGUGAUAGAGAUGUGGGGGUAUUGCACGGAUGGAAAGCACAGGCUUUUGGUCUACGAGUACAUGGAAUAGGGAUCAUUGGCAAAAGGCUUAUCUUUUAAAGCAAUUGAUUGGAGAAAGAGAUUUGAAAUUGCUGUGGGAACCGUAAAAGGCCUAGCUUAUUUACAUGAAGAAUGUUUAGAGUGGGUUCUUCAUUGCGAUAUAAAGCCUCAGAACAUUCUUAUAGACUCCAAUUACCAACCUAAAGUGUCAGAUUUUGGCCUGUCUUGGCUUCUAAACAGAGGUGAUGUUAAAUAUUCAGGAUCCUUAAGGAUACGAGGAACUAGAGGUUACAUGGCACCGGAGUGGGUGUCCAAUCUGCCUAUCACCUCCAAGGUGGAUGUUUAUAGUUAUGGCAUUGUUUUAUUAGAGUUGGUAACUGGGAGAAACCCUGCCAUGGAAAUUCACUCAAGCACAGAUGGUGAAGGGGGAGAAGACCAAGGAACAUUAGUAACAUGGGUUAGAGAGCAGAUGAAGAGAGCUACAGUGGCUGAAACAUGGACGGGGGAUAGCGAGAUAAUAGACCAUGCACUGGACGGGAAAUAUGACAUUUCUGAGAUGUUAAUUUUGGUAACAAUCGCUCUCCAAUGUGUGCAGGAAGACAAAGAUGCUAGACCGACCAUGGGACAGGCAGUUGAGAUGCUUAUCUGCCGUGAAAACAAUUUUGCUGCAAAAGCACUUGCAAUUGCCAAAAGAUUGAGUCGUGGUACGUAA